UGACAGCCGCUGCAGUGGAGCUGUCCGUCAGCUGGGGUAGGUGGGGUCACAUUACAGGAAGCCAAGAUGGCUGACUUUGAGGAACCGCUGACAGAUGAAGAGAAGGUCCGCAUAGCGGCCAACUUUGUGACUCAUGCUCCACCUGGAGAGUUCAAUGAGGUCUUCAAUGAUGUCCGGCUUCUUCUCAAUAAUGACAACCUCCUCAGAGAGGGGGCUUCACAGUCAUUUGCCCAGUACAACAUGGAUCAGUUUACUCCUGCUAAAAUCGAGGGAUAUGAGGAAAUGGUCCUGAUCACAGAGCAUGGUGACUUGGGUCAGGGACGUUUCCUGGAUCCCCGUAACCGUUUAUCGUUCCGUUUCGAUCACCUGAGAAAAGAGGUCAGUGAUGUGCAGCCCUACGACGGAGAGGGGGCUCUGAGAAGCUGGAGAGAUGCCUGCGAUACUGCCCUCAGUGCCUACGUUAAAGAGCACUACCCUACAGGAGUCUCUACGGUGUAUGAGAAAACCGUUGAUGGUCAGCAGACGAUUAUAGCCUGCAUCGAGGGACAUCAGUUUCAACCCAAAAACUUCUGGAACGGUCGCUGCAGGUCAGAGUGGAAGCUAACUCUUGGUCAGUCCACCGCUCAUGUGGUCGGAGUUCUGAAAAUCCAGGUGCAUUAUUAUGAAGACGGGAAUGUCCAGCUGGUCAGCCAUAAGGAGGUCGAAGACUCGGUACCCAUGACUAGUGAAAGCCAAACCGCGAAGGAAUUUGUUGAAAUAAUUAAGAAUGCAGAAAACGAAUACCAGACUGCAAUCAAUGAAAACUACCAGACCAUGUCAGACACGACCUUUAAGGCCCUGCGUCGCCAACUGCCUGUCACACGCACCAAGAUCGACUGGAAUAAGAUCCUAAGUUACAAAAUCGGCAAGGAGAUGCAGAAUGCCUAGAGGAGGGGGGGUGUCAGGGACUGACCAGGAUGAUGCACACUCCCAUGGGCCCACAACCCAUCUAUAUAUGCGCAAGGACUAACCAAAGCAUAACUAUGUUAAUGUGAGGGAAGGAAAGAAGGUAAAAAUGUAACUCGAUGUUUGCAGACUGUUGGGUACAGCUAUGUCUGCUGUAAGUAAGAUGCCGGUUAUAAAUAAAUAAUAAUGAUUUUGGUUUGGAGAAAGGUGUUACUUUUGGAUCUGUGUUGGGACUGUGCAGGGCCGUGCUCAGGACUGCUUCAUAAAAAAAAAAAAAAAACUGGUGUCUGUUUAAGGAAUCACAAAACUGCAUAACUUCAGGUUAAAAGAUUCAGAUAUUUGUCUUAAUUAAACUAAUACAGAGCUGCGUUCUGAGUUACUGCCCCUGGCACAAAGCAGCUGAUUGCAGAAAUCAAGCACACAAUCUCAUAUCAGGGUUUGACUUUGGUAAAACAAGAAUUUUCAGAAAGGAUUUUUUUUUUUUUGUCAUUGUUUACCUUGCAUGGUUGGACUGAAAAUGUGUUCCAUUGGUGGAAUUGUGUUAUGGCCAGAAAAGGAAAUUGCAGUUAGGUUGUAUCUAAGCUGACAGAAGGUUAUAGUAUUGUUUCUCUGUGAUACAUAAUCCAAAUUAAAUUCCUAGCAUUUACAGACAGCACAAAACCUAACACACCUGUCAGGUCUGAGGGAAUGUUUCACUAUUUUUCUCUGUUGAGCUCCACUAAUGCGUUGUCUCUCCGUUCAUGCAAGUUGUGAUGACAGAAAUAAGAUAAAGCCACCUCUGCUCUGCUGCAUCCAUUGUAUGUCCUCUGUUCUCUCUUUUUUUUUUGGUAUCAACUUUGCUGUAAAUCGUUUUCCUUUUUUUCAAAGGAAAGCAUCGUCAUAUUAACCAAAAUUUAUUUGCCAAAAUCUCUUUCCUAUGGUAAAGAACUCCAUCUUCCUGCUCAUGUGUGUAAAAUUUCUAUUUUAAUAUGCUGUCUUUUUGUUGGAGUCUUAGUACAUUGCACUCAUAAUUGUUCAAACUGUAUAUCGAUGCCAAGAGAAUGCAAAGACGUCGCCAUAUGGCAUGAUGAUAUACUGUAAAUGUAGCGUGACUCCUAUCAGGCAACACCAUUCUCUGGUCUACAUGUCUUAUGAGUAGGCUGUCAGUUACUUGCUAGCUAUGCUAUGUGCUGUGUUCGAACGUCAUAUAACACAAUGUGUGCCGAUCGGUUAUAAAGACUGUACUGCCCCAUCCUGUUCAAAUAAACUGACUUACAAUCCAA